AAUAUCUCCGCAUGGGUGAGUCCACCGCCUUAUUGUGUUUGGAAAAAUUUACUCAAGGAAUCAUUGAUUUAUAUGGAGAGAAGUAUCUACGAAAACCCACACCUGAAGAUCUUCAAUGACUACUUGAUAUCGGAGAGGUACGCGGUUUCCCUGGGAUGAUAGAAAGCAUUGACUGUAUGCAUUGGGAGUGGAAAAAUUGUCCACACUCUUGGAAAGGUCUAUAUACACGUGGUGCAGGAAAGCCAACUAUUGUUCUAGAGGCGGUAGCUUCACAAGACCUUUGGAUAUGGCACGCGUUUUUUGGACCACCAGGUACCUUAAACGAUAUUAACGUCCUUGAUCGGUCUCCGGUUUUUGAUGACAUAAUCUAUGGUCGAGCUCCAAAACUUAAGUUCACCGUCAACGGUCACACCUACCAUAGGGCCUACUACCUCACCGACGGUAUAUAUCCAAAGUGGCCUACCUUUAUCCAAUCCAUCUCUCUUCCUCAAGGUCCUGAGGCGAAGUUAUUUGCAGAACGUCAAGAAAGCGCCAGAAAAGAUGUCGAGCGUGCAUUUGGAGUCUUGCAAGCUCGUUUUGCAAUUGUUAGAGACCCGGCGCUUCUUUGGGACAAGGAGAAAAUCAGCAACAUUAUCAGAGCAUGUAUCAUACUACACAAUAUGAUAGUGGAAGACGAACGAGAUGGAUACACUUAUCAAUACGAUACAAAUAUGUGGUUAGAAGGAGAAAUAAGCAGAAGUUCAGAGGUGGAUUUAUCGUUCUCUACCGACAUGCCUACGAAUCUCGGUAAUAUAAUUCCCACUUGGAGGAUCUUCGCGACCAAAGCAUACAUGAACGUUUGA